AUGCCGCCGCUAAACGAAGCGAUGUUUCAAUACAAAUCCGAUAUUUCCUCAUUAACUGAUGGACAAGGCUUUGUGCUAGCCCAACGAAACAAAGGCUGGGCUAUUAUUACCUCAAUUGGCAAGUCGUAUACGAUCUAUGAUCUCUCUAAUCUAAAUACUGUAGAGAAAGGACCCGAGCAGUCCGACUCCGUUCGCAUUGGCGCGUUCGGUAGAUUUGCUGUAACACUUAGUAAGGAAGGCCAAUUGGCCAUAUACAGUCGAGGCGCUCAGAUUGUAUCUGUUGAGCUACAAACUCGACCGGUUCAGAUGCUUAGCAUUGACACGGAGAUAUAUUUAGCAAGUCCCCAAGGAAUCGAAAGAGUAAGCAUUGAGUCGUCCUUAGAAGGCGAGUUAGAUACGCCCGGCCAGAAGAUUACAGUCAAAACCGAAGUCUUAGAAGGACUAGUGAGUCCAAAAGGAGAUAAGGAAGAGAUAGAUAUUACGCACAUGGUUCAAAUUGGCCAGUCUAAGCUACUAGCUAUAAUAGCCAACCAGUCCAUGCUUAUCUACAACCCAGAAAAGAAGAAGACUGUCUACUGUUUAUCCUGCACUCCCUUUAUAGGCGCCACAGAUAUAGCCCAAUCAGUCUCACCAUCUAUUCUAGCCGUCUCUUUACCCAAAGAAGUACUGAUUAUAGAUAUUAAGAAGGACCAAAUCAGGCAGUGUAUUCCUCUAGCCGGCGUACACUCUCUGGCCUUCCGCACUGAUGUUUUAGGGUCUAAAGAGUUGGUGGCUGCGACUGCCACGACUUUACAUAGGAUUGAUUUAGAGAAAGGGCUUAUUACGGCUAAGAUGAGUUUGCCCGGUUGUAAGACUAGCAAAACCAAUAGAGCACGAACUUAUAUCCGAUUUGUACCGGGUUUGCCUUUCUUAGUAGUUGCCCAGGCCAAUGGCAUCCAGGUCUUUGACUUCCGGUCAAAAAUGGCCCUGCUUAAACGCCGAGCCGGAGUUGUAUUCAGCCAGGACGCAGUAGCAACGUUCUUCCGUGACACCUUAGUGGUGGCUACUAAUGAAAAGGUCUAUGCUCUCUCCCUACGCAAAGAGACGCAAAGCAAAGAGAUUGCUAACAUAGAUGCGAAAGGAGAGCCUGUAGCUAUUUCAGCAGCAAAGGGCCAUGUUCUAGUGACUUUUAAACAGUCCGUGCACACUCUAGAAGAGACAGUAGGCGGCCUAGCUAAGAAAAAGAACCUGGCGGAAGUAUCGAAACAAAACUACCUGUCCGGCAGUCUUUCAGCCUGUCGGGAGUCGGCUAUAAUGAUUCAUCGCGAAAGUCCGACCGAAGUGCGAGUUUUGGCCAUGUCAUUGCGAUCGGGGUUCCUACACAGUACUUUCACAGCGGCAGAGCCUCUAGCUUCUGCAAUGGACUUUGCCGGACAAACAAUCCAUCUGCUCUAUGAGACGCAAGUAUUAAGCUUUACGACUUCUAGUGGCCAACUUAGUUCAACAAUUACUAUUCCUGCCUGUGCCAUGGGAACAAUCAUUUCUUCCUUCCGAGAGUUGUACUAUGUUACGUGCAGCAGCACAACGCUCUACUUUAUUCAGAAGAGCGGCACAGUGCUUCGAGCAUUGAGUAAACAAGAAGGCUCGCCAUUGCUUGUUCGUACGACCAAGAACUCUAAAUGGGUUUAUGUACUGACGGCCCUAGAUAAUGGCCAAAGCGUCCUAGAAAUCUUUGAUAUCGAAACAGCCACGCGUCUUACUCAGCUACACUUCCCAAACCAGCCCAAGAACAUCUUGAUCUCGCCCAAUAACACUUCAUUAGUAGUGAUUACCGAUCGAAUCUUACUUUACAGCAACACAGCCAUUAUCCAAUCCACCCCAGCUAGUACACAAAGUCUCCAUCCCGGCACGGGCAUCCAGUUCGAGCCACAAGUCAAAAGCCGACUACGACUCUUUAUGGACUACAACCGCCAGGCCAAUUCCAAGACCGAACUAGAUAAACUCGGACCUUUAGACAUGCUUAAUCAAGAGAACAUUGAGAACUUGCCCGCUGCCAACUACUCUGCCGAUAUACCCAUUCAGGCCCUUCUAGAAACAAACUGUCCUAUCUCCAAGAUCAUUUCCUACCUCAAAGAAGUAUCCGAUCCUACUACUCUUUUGACCAGUCUUACCCAGCAACUAGAGACGCACUACAACAUCAGCGAAGUGCUCAUCAACCGCCUUCUUCACUUCCGCCGCAAAGACAUUGAUCUUCAACAGGCCCAAGAGGCCAUCCAACAAAGAGAGGGCACCACAGAGCGACUUAUUAACCUCUAUCUCUCGGUUCUUUCGCUUUCGCAAUAA